AUGGCCGAUUAUCACUAUGACCCCCGAGCGCCUCCCCAGCGCUCCCAAGGCGGCGGAUAUCCCAACCAGGCCCAUCCCCAGAGGGACGCCGCCUUCAGCAACAUAUUCGGCGCUCCGCCGUCGGGCAGGUCGCAGACAAUGACGGGCCCGCCACCGCAGGACCCAGGCAGGACCCAGAGCAUGAUGUCCUCGCACGCCCAGCAGCACCAGCAGUUCCAGCACCAGCAGGCCAUGCAGCAGCGCCAGUACCCCCCGCAGCAGCACCAGCAGCGCCCGCAGUACCCGGGAUACUAUGGCGAUCACGACCAGAUGGCAAGCCAGCGCACCCGUACCAUGGACUCGAGCAGCGUCGCCAACGGCUUCUACCAGGGACAGCGAACUGCCUCAGCCGGGCAGCCGGGCGCCGGCUACGCACAGUACGCACAGUACCAGCAACCACCCCCGGGAAGGCGGCCUUAUGCUCAGCCUCCAGCCUCGCCGCGUAUGGACCCGAGGGGCCCGCCGGCCGGUGCCGUGGGUGCCAGGCAGGGCGCUCCCCCUCCCCGGCCCUACCCGGGAGGCCAGCAGCAGGCCCCGGCUCCGGCCCUGAACAGCGACUCGUACCGCUCGCAGUCCAUGAUGUCGGCUCCUCGCCCCCAGGCCUACAACCCCCCUCCGAGCUCGUACCAGCAGUCCUCGGCCAACCACUCCCGCCAGGCUCCUUACAACCAGCAGCAGCACUCGCAGUCGAGGACGACCGCGCAGGGGAGGGUGGUCCCGGAUCGUCACGAUGACCGGUCCAUGUCUAUGACGGGCUCCUACCACCCUCAGGACCACCAGACCAUGAGCGGACGCGUCAUCCCCAACCGGAGAGCCCCCGCCGAGCUGCCCGCCCAGGCCGUCGCUAACGGCUACGGCAACGGCUAUCCUGGGGCUCCCGGCUCGCAGACCAGGACGACGAGCAUGGUGUCGUCAAACGGCGACCACUCCAGGACCAUGUCCAUGGCGUCGACGGCCCCUACCGUGACGCCGUCCGAGUCGGACGCGUCCACCAUAGUGGCGCACCGUCCGUCCAGGAGCAAGUCGAUCGAGAGCGAGCGACCACCCACGGCCACCAAGAUCCGACCGCCCCUCGUCUACCCGGCCCUGCUGUCCAAGGUGGCCGAAUGCUUCCGCCGCAAGAUCAUCACGGGCGAGCGGACGAAGAACGAGCUCACGUACAAGAACGCGUUUAGCGGAUCCGAAGCUGUCGACGUGCUCUCGUACAUCAUCCGCACGACAGACCGCAACCUGGCCCUGCUGCUGGGCCGCGCCCUGGAUGCGCAGAAGUACUUCCACGACGUCACGUACGAGCACAGGCUGAGGGACUCGCAGGCGGAGAUGUACCAGUUCAGGGAGAACCUGAUGGAGGACCAGACCGAGGAGAAGGCGUCGGUCAACGGCGUCUUCGUGCUGCUGUCCGAGUGCUACUCGCCCACGUGCACGCGCGAUCAGCUCUGCUACUCCAUCGCCUGCCCGCGCCGGCUGGAGCAGGUGUCGAGGCUCAACCUCAAGAUCAACCCGGGGCUGGGCCUGCGCAAGCCCGAGUCGGCCAACAUCAACGACGACGAGGCCGACCAGACGGACGAGCAGAAGCUGUGGAUCAACUCGGUGCCCAAGGAGAUUGCCGAGACGGUGUCGGAGAAGGAGCAGAAGAGGCAGGAGGUCAUCUCGGAGAUCUGCUACACGGAGCGAGACUUCGUCAAGGAUCUCGAGUACCUGCGCGACUUCUGGAUCCUGCCGCUGCGGUCCAAGGCGUCGCCGAUCCCGCCCAACCGGCGGGACAAGGUGGUCAGGAACAUCUUCAGCAACAUUGUCGACCACCCGAGCCUGCACACGGUCAGCUCGCGGCUGGCCAACGCGCUGACGGCGCGGCAGCAGAAGGAGCCGGUGGUGCACAACAUCGGUGACAAGUUCCUCGAGUACGUGCCGCAGUUCGAGCCGUUCAUCUGGUACGGAUCCCGGCAGCUCGAGGCCAAGUUUGCGUUCGAGAACGAGCGGUCGACGAACCAGUACUUCUCCAAGUUUGUCGACGAGAUCGAGCGGCGCAAGGAGUCGCGCAAGCUAGAGCUGAACGGCUACCUGACGAAGCCGACGACGCGCCUGGCGCGAUACCCGCUCCUGCUGGAGAACGUGCUCAAGUACACCGAGGACGGCAGCCCGGACAAGGAGGACAUCCCCAAGGUGCUGGUGCUGAUCCGCGACCUGCUGAGCCGGGUCAACGCCGAGUCGGGCAAGGCGGAGAACCGGUUCAACCUGCGCAAGCUGCACGAGCAGCUGCGCUUCCGGCCCAACGAGCGGGUGGACCUGCGGCUGACGGAGGAGGGUCGCGAGCUCGUCUUCAAGAGCCAGUUCAAGAAGUCGCCGACGGACCCGACGGCCGAGAUCACGGCCUUCCUCUUCGACCACGCCGUGCUGCUGGUGCGCAUCAAGCAGAACGGCAAGCAGGAGGAGGUCAAGGCGUACCGGCGACCCAUCCCGCUCGAGCUCCUGUCGAUCCGCGAGAUGGACGAGGUGAUACCGCAGCAGGGCGUCAAGCGGUCGUCGUCCAGCCUGAUCCCGUCGAUCCGCCCGGGUAACGCCGACCACAAGAAGGGCGAGGGCUGGCCCAUCACCUUUCGCCACCUGGGCAAGGCGGGCUACGAGCUCGCCGUCUACGCGUCGAACCAGGCCGCGCGCAAGAAGUGGCUCGAGUACAUUGACAGCGCGCAGCAGCGUCUGCGCGACAGGGCCGACUUCCUCGACACGACGGUCAUAUCGAGCAACUUCUUCGUCGGGACGAAUCACAUCAACUGUGUUACGCCGUUUGACGGCGGCCGUAAACUCAUAUUUGGAACGGACAAUGGCAUAUACGUGUCGGAUCGCAAGAACAAGGAGCAGCUGCCCAAGAAGGUGCUGGAGGCGACCACGGUGACGCAGGUGGACAUACUGGAGGAGUACCAGCUGCUGCUGGUGCUGUCCAACAAGACGCUCCUGUCAUACCCCGUGUCUGCGCUGAGCCCGGAUGAGCCGGCGCUGUCGAAGCGAGGCAAGAAGAUCCAGAACCACUGCAGCUUCUUCAAGACGGGCAUCUGCAUGGGCAGGCACCUCGUGUGCUGCGUCAAGUCGUCGGCGCUGUCGACCACGAUCAAGGUGUUCGAGCCCAACGACGCCAUGACCAAGGCCAAGAAGCAGAAGGGGCUGGGCAAGUUCAUGGCGGGAGGGCACGACGAGCUGCGGCCGUUCAAGGAGUUCUACAUACCGACAGAGUCGUCGUCGGUGCACUUCCUCAAGUCGAAGCUGUGCGUGGCGUGCGCCAGGGGGUUCGAGGUGGUGUCGCUGGAGACGCUGGAGACGCAGUCCCUGCUCGACCAGGCCGACACGUCGCUCGACUUCGUGGCCCGCAAGGAGGGCGUCAGGCCCAUCCACAUCGAGCGCCUCAACGGCGAGUUCCUCCUCAACUAUUCGGAGUUCUCCUUCUUCGUCAACCGCAACGGAUGGAGGGCUAGGCCCGAGUGGCGCAUCGACUGGGAGGGUACGCCGACCAACUUUGCCCUCAGCUAUCCCUGGAUCCUGGCGUUUGAGCCAAACUUUAUCGAGCUGCGCAACAUUGAGAAUGGUGCUGUUCACAUCAUACCUCAUCGGAAUCUCAGGAUGCUUCACAGCAGUACACACGAGAUCCUCUUUGCGUACGAAGGCGAACGAGGAGAAGAUAUCGUCGAGGCCAUUGACUUUUGGAAGAGCAAUCGUCGAUCCGAGAUGCCGCCCGUUGCAGGAUCAGGAUCUGCUAUUCAGUAA